AUAUCUUUAUAUAUGUGUGUGUAUAUAUAUAUACAUAUAUAUUUUGCUCUUGUUCUUCCUUUUGGUAGAAGUUUUUUUUUUGGGAAUUUGAGUUAAAUUAGUUUGUGUUAUUAAUGGGGAGUGGUUAUUUUGGGGAGCCAAGUUUAGGGAAUAAUAAUGAUAGAGGGAGCGGAUCAUCAUCGUCCUCAUCACCGUCGUCCAGAAGAGGGAAAAAGGGUGGUUCUGAUAAGCAGCCAAGGCAACCCCAAAGAGGCCUUGGAGUUGCUCAGCUUGAGAAGAUCAGAUUGCAUGGUGAAAUUGCUUCUGCUGGUUUUCAUCCCACUUCUUACACUUUCACUAAUGAUCAAGAAAUAGCAAGGGUGCAAACAGGUUAUGGGUCGGUACCAUCGUCGACUUCCUCUUCCCCGUCUUAUGGCUUCCCCUCUAAUAUUAUGAUGGGGUUUGGAGAAUAUGAAAGAAGAAACCUGAGAGAUGGUGAUUCGCAGUAUAGCACAAGAUGGGAUCCAAGCAAUAAUGGUGGGAUCUUAGAGAGCCAACAUUUUGCACAGCCAAAUAUGACAUGCUAUCUUCAAAAUCCACAAGCAGAUCAGUGGACACAAAGCAGAAGGAGCAAAAGGCAAGAGAGGAGUGGAAAUAUGGGUCAAAAUCCUGAAGGGUGUGAGAGUCAAGAAUUGGAUUUGGAGCUUAGACUCUCAAUAAUCUAAUCUAAAAUUAAUUAAACAGUUAUAUAUUAAUUGGAUAUUUGGUUUUGGAUUUGGAUAAACCCCUGUUUUCAUCAAUACACAUCAUUUUCAGUGGGAAAUUAGUGGAACAAUUAUAAUCAUCCUCUGAUCUCUCUCAAUUGAUGUAAGUCAAGAGAGACCAACACCAACACCAACGGUUUCUUCAUUUUCUUCUAAAUCUCUAAUCCAUGAUCAUAUAUACACAAAUAUAUAUAUGUAUCAAUGUAACCCCUCAUCUCCUAUCUCAUUUCCUUCUUCAAUACUAUUUUCUUAUUUCUUGAUUAA